CCCGCCCCGCCCACAGCGCUCGGGACACGCCCCCCGUGCCCUGCGCGCGCGCGGCGCAUGCGCGGGGUCCCCGCCGCGUCCCGUGACGUUCUUCCAAGUGCUUGAAAAAUGUCCGGUUUUCUGGAGAGCUUGAGGUGCUCGGAGUGCGUGGACUGGGGGGAGAAGCGGAACACCAUCGCCUCUGUGGCCGCGGGAGUGCUGUUUUUUACAGGCUGGUGGAUAAUCAUAGAUGCAGCUGUGAAAUACCCUAAAGUGGAAGACUUCAACCACUCCUACCAUGCCUGUGGGGUUAUAGCCACCAUUGCAUUCCUGAUGAUCAACGCGGUGUCCAACGGGCAGGUGCGGGGGGACAGUUACAGCGAGGGCUGCCUGGGGCAGACAGGGGCUCGGAUCUGGCUGUUCAUUGGGUUUAUGAUGGCUUUUGGGUCUCUCAUUGCUUCCAUGUGGAUCCUGUUUGGAGGCUACGUUGUUAAAGAAAAACCAGUGGUAUACCCAGGAAUAGCUGUGUUUUUCCAGAAUGCAUUCAUCUUUUUUGGAGGACUGGUCUUCAAGUUUGGUCGCACGGAAGAUUUGUGGCAGUGAACUCCCCUCUGGAAGUGCCCUGGCCAGGCUGGGUUUGAACUGCACACUCCCAAAAUUUUGUAAAAACCCAUUUUGUAAACCCUGACCUUCCAUCAUGUCAAAAGAUAAAUCAAGGAAAGCUGAAAGCACUAAAAAUUCCAGCUCUAUUCUCUUUGAUUUUUUUUUUUUUUACUCUUGUACGUCCACUUAAAUGUCGUGAUGUUUUUUGACAAAUGUAAAAUUGCUACAAGUAACGGUGGAGUCACUUUUCUGAUACAUUUGCUACAAAUAAACAGGAUAAUGGAACAUGGAUGUAUUUAA